CUAGUAGAUUCAUACAGUGCUAUAAACUUGGACAUAAUAUAAAAUUUUAGUUACACUCAAGAAUGUGGAUGUGUUGUCUAGUGAUAAUUGUCGUGCCUUAUUAAUUUAUUUUAGGUGAAUCUAAGAAGUUUUAUAGGAAUUAGUCUACCUUGUAACUGCAAUGGAGGGUAUAUACAAAGUCAAUUUGAUACCUAGUGAUCUGAGUACGGAGGAAACUAUAUUGCAAAUCGCCGAUACUCUUGAUAAUCUCAAUGGAAUAGUUGAUGACGUGUUCGCUCGGCUAAUGGGUCGAAUACAACAAAAUAUGGAUAAGACAAAUAAACUGAAUGAAAGGAUUGAAACUUCUAGAAGCAAAGUCGAGAAAUUGUCUGGCAUGCAAAAGGCUAUAAAAGUUUUCUCUGGCUCGAAAUAUCCUGCUUCGAUAAAACAUGAACAUUACGAAUCUGUAUUUGGUUUAGAUGGAUAUAAAUAUGUGCCUCGUAAAGCAGUCCUGAGUGGGAAGACUCAUGGACAGCACAAUGAUAAAGGGAUACAGGAAAAACUUCAUUUCUACCAUGUUAAAGUGGCACAACUUAAAAGUCCUAAGCCAAAACAGGAUUUCAAUUUGAACGCUGUCAUUGAAGACAUGUCGACGGUGGGCGAGCUGUUGGUAUUCAAUACGGAUGAAAGCCCCUACUUUGGUACGAUGAGCAAGGUACCAGCUUACGUGCCCAGAGUCACUCCGAGUGUUGAAAACAAGAGUUUGCUCGAAGCUGCACCGUCUUCAAUUACGAAUAGAGACGUAUUGAAGCGAGAAGCGGAUGAGUACAUGUACGCGCCGGGGAUGGGAAUGGUGCCGGAAUUAGAAAUGCCACUUGAUUUGCCUCAUCUACCGGGGAUAGCGGGGGAUGUUCAGUUCUCGAUUAUCAGCGAUGGAUCGAUCGCUCCAUCAGUUGUUACUUCGCCCGUGGCACCGGUGGUUACAUUACCUGAGGUUGAAUUGCCGGAUUUGGAAGAACUGCCCGAUGUGGAUGAUAUGAAAGCUCCUGAAGAGGCACCGUUGCCGGACAUCCCGGACGCGCCGCCUGCUCUGGUGGCCCAGGGUGCGCCGUCGAUGCCACCGCCUCCGCCACCGCCACCACCACCACCACCGCCACCACCACCGAUGGAAGUUGAACCAGCAGUCAGCAGUAUACGGACGGAGAAGCCCCCACCACCGCCUGUAGGGGGAGGAGACGCGCACGCCAACCUGAUGGAUGCCAUCAGGAAGGCAGGCGGCGCCGGACGCGCCAAGCUACGCUCUGCCACCGACAUCACUCCUAAUCAGACAUCUAAACCGAGCGGCGGCGACCUGAUGGCGGACCUGCACGCCAAACUGUCGAUGCGGCGGCGCGGUAUCUCGGGCGCCGAGCGUGGCUCCGUGCUGCACACGCUGGCCAGCGUGAUCCCCGAGCCCACCGAGAGCUCCCCGGCGCGCUCCUCCAGCGACGACGACUGGGAAUAACGACAACUGGUACUCUGACACGCCUAAUAACUACGGAAAUAUGGGACAACUGGUACAACUUUGCAGCAGCUAAUUACUAUGGUACAUUUGCUACAGUGACAUCCAAAACAACGAACGGACAUGCUCCAGAAAAUUGGACCUAGACCCACUAAUAUAAAUUAAAAAUAAAUGUUUUGGCACUAAUUAUGUUUUGAGUACGAAAGACGAUGGUUCUAUUAGGACUAUGAUUAUUCUUCUCUAUAAGUGCACAUAAGCGUUGUUCAAAAUAGCUUCAUUAUAAUAUAAAUUAGGUAUGUGUUUUCUGUUAGCAUACUUAUUACUUUUGGACCAUUGUAUUUGACGAUCGACUUGAUUGUAUUGACAUUCAGGUCUAUGGAAAACUAUGACAAUAUUAUCAUUAAAGCUCUAAUUGGAUGGUCUCUAGAGAUGGUUAAUUUUCAAGUAAUAUUAUAGAUAAUAAUGCGUGCAUUUCACUAAAGCGAGUUAACCAUGUCGCGGGUAUUACAUAUUUGUAUAUUUAAGAUACAGUGUGUGAGGAUUACUUUAUUUUUAAUGACAAGAGCCAUCAGGCAGCUUCUAUUCUACCUAAAUCAAUACACAAAGUAUAAAUAAAUCGACACGUUUUAUAACACGCAAGAACUAAUAACCAUUAUCCAAUUAUGUACUUCAACUUAGCAUGGUUCUUAAAACGUUGAUAUUGUAUGCGAUUGUACAAUUAAACUGGUAUUAGUUCUAGACAUCGGCUAUAAUUAACCGAUAUUAAACACUACUACUACUGCUUAGCUUCGAGAAAUUCGACACCAGCAUUACACUGCGCGAUCUAAAAGUCCCCUGCAAAGCGACUUAACACACCAUAGACGGCACUUCUCAAAACCGCUUCAUAUUCGAGUUCUUAUAAGCACUUAAUGUCCUUCAGAGAACUUUUAUAACAACACUCGGGUGAUAAUUUUCCUAAUACGUACCCCGCACUUCUGGUUAAACAUAUUAAUUCACUCCGAGAACUCAUCAAGGGCUGAUUGUUUCUUAUUUAAUCGUUAUUUAUAGCUGGAACUACUGCAUCUCGUGUAUUUGUCGUGGCGUGGCGUAUAUUGUUUCUAGAGAACAAGAAGUGACAGCGGUGCGGUGGUGACAUUUCGCGCCAAUUCGAGCGUGGAGCGCGCUUGAGACGCCGUGGAGCGCGAAAUUGUCGCGAUAUUUCAUGUUAAAGUGGUUCAUAUAAGUUGGUGCAUCGCAGCGUUAUGACGACGUGUGUCCACAGUUCGGGUAGGUAAGGCUAAGGCCUUCAACGUUUCUCGGAAGGCGGACUUAAAAUUCCUGUUGAUGGUCAAUUAGUCUUAAUCUAUAGGUCGUUUGCGUCUUUUGGCCCAGGACUAGUUUUAGUGCGAAUUGAUAUUACGACUAAACACCUAAUUAAGAACUUUUUUAGACAUUAAUUCUCCGUACACUACUAUAAAUGACAAUGAAAAAACUGUCAGAUAAUAAAUAAUAACAUCUGCUUUUUAAUAGUUUAUUAGGAAGUGUAUCACAAAAAGUAAAUUACGAUAAAUAUCUAAUAUUAUUAAUCAUCACGCGGCCAUUACGCAAAGCUAUUAAAAAAAGUAACCGCAGAGCUUUCCUUGUAUUUUUUUUAAUCGACAAUCUCGGUCAUGGCGCAUGUGGCAGUAGUUUUUGCUCUGUGUAUUUACAAACAGAUCGGAAAGGGCCUGUUCCGGGAGGUUAUUACGAUAAUCACAUUUCUCACUAGUCGCUAGAGGUGGGCUGAGAUUUAAUGAUUGCAGCAAUCACUCAAAUGACUUGACUCUUUGUAUGACUCAUAUUAUACAGUGGUAAACUAUUCGGGGAUUUACUUCAGUAUUGGGUUUAAAAACCGCCUCCAGUCUUCGAUUAAAUUAUCUUCAAUGGCACGCCUAGCAAAGAAGACGGACGGUUCCGUUAGUUUUCAAAAACAGUUUAAAAAUAUACUUUGCGAUAAUACUUUUAAAAUUACAUUUUAUUUUAAUAUGAUCGGUUGGUCGCGACAUUCUAUACCUUUUUUCUCGGCGAGUCAACUCAGUGAGUCACCUCACCCCCCUAGCGGCUGUCUCGCUUUCGUUUCCGAGAAAGAGCGCGCGGUCUCCCCGCGAACUAUCAACUGGUUCGGGUGAUUAGCAUUUCCAGAAUUGAGAGAAAUAAAGAAGACUACUUGCCGACCACUCGGACGAUACGCGGAAGAUGGUAACGACUGCGGCUGCAGAGAACGCACUUUGAAAGAUGCUUUGAAAUUAUUAACGAAAUUUUCAGACUUACAUCCGUCUAUAAAAAUAAGUGUUUUAUCAAAAAAAAAAAUUGCUUUAUCAUUGCUAACCUAAGAAUCACGAAUAAUCAUUAUUUAGGUGCGACGGAGUAUAUUAUGAAAAUAGAUUAUGAUUUGUUAUAUUGGUUUUAUAGUUAGAAAAUAUAAUUAAUCAUAUGAAUUUUACUAUUAUAUUGGCAGAUCUGAAUAUAGUAAAAUAUGAAUAUAUUGUUGUUAGCAUGAUGGUUAUUGAUACAACUUAGGUUAAAACUAAAAUUUGAGGCACUAUCUAUUUCAGUUCGUAUACGUUAGAUCUGCUAUUUACUUAACCAUUACUCUCCAGUACUUUCUAAAAAAAUUAAUAUUUCGUAAUGAAAUAAGACAGUUUAUCAUAGAUUAUGGAGAAAAUUGAUGACUAAACUCGGUAUUUAAUACGUCAGCAACGAUAAAGAUUGUUUAACAUGUUAUCUGUCAUAAAACGUUUGUAGAUAAAGUUAUUUAUAUAGUCAUGGCUAUCGAUUCGUUAAUAAUACUACAGUUUUGCAUUGUAUAAGAAAUACGUGUCGCAUCUAUGCGAUAUAAGAAGAUAAAAUAUCUUGCAAAGUUAUUUUUUACUGCAACAGUUUUGAAUUAAAGGACUCCGUUUACCAGUAGAUAACCAAGCUAGUUACCUAGAAUAAAUAGACAGUCCGAAGUUUACUAGAGCUAUGUACAGGACAAACAACUUGGAUAGUAGGUACAACGUCCACACCGUUUUCUGUUAGCAUUCCUCCAAUAACAACAAGUUAUGCUAUCUUUACAAAUUAAGUAACUUAAUCCCACAAUUCUCUAAAAAAACAUGUAGAGACUGCAAAGAAAUAAGAUAGGUAAUUUGUUGACUGAUUCAGUAGCGAUUGCAUCACCGAACUAGGUCGUUUGCGGUAUGCGUAUGCGGGUGCUAUAGCAAAGAUAAGGUAUGUUAUUCUAUUUGCAUAUUUUGUGUAUUAUAUUAUACUAAAUGUUUUAUCUUUGAGGUGUAUGGGCCAAUGUCUAAGAAGUUUUGAGUGCGAGGAUGUAAUAUCCACCAGUCUUUAAAAAAAUAUUAGACAACGUAGAACCCACAGAGAACAGAACAUUCAUUAGGCGCCCCGCAGUUAAGCAUGUGCCACAACAACUGACAAUUAAUGAUAAUUUUAUUUCAUUCUUGUGGUUUAAAAAAGCAACUAGAUAUUGCAAUUAGCAUUCACUGGAAACUCCAAUUAUGUUCUAGUACGAGUAAAAUAUCGUGAAUGAACCUAUUAUUAUUAUGAAGUGCGUUCAUGGUAGAUAAUUUAGGUGCUUGAAAGUGAUUUAUCUUUAGAACAGCAAUGGUUUGUAAGUGAUAGAUACGAUUGCUUGUAGACGUAACGCAAGGGCACAGCGGGCGUGUCUCGCUAGAAACACCCAGCAAUGAAUAAGACUGAAAGGGGUUCUGUAGGCUAAAUUGUUGAAAUAAAUUACAAGGAAUGACCCGCUAGGUUUGCUAAGCUACUUAAAAAGAUACUAAAAACCUUGCAAUUUACUACACAUUUUAUUGGAGUUUUAAAAGUGUUUUAGAUAAAAUAACGGUGUUAACUUAUUGUCCGUAGCGAAGUUAAUUAUUUACAUUUAACAGAAUUAUACCAUAUUUUAAACUCGACUUUUUAUAAUAUUAGCUACAUAUAUUUUUCUAUGAACGAUAAAGGUUUCGUUGUAAUUAGUGCAAGUUAUCAACGUUCAGUCGAACUCCAUAUUUAUCUAUUCGGAAAUACCUAACUGCAGUCGAUUCUAAUUAAAUUCAUGGUAUGGAUAAAAAGUUGUGUAAUUUUACGAUAAAGACUGAGUAGGGAGCAAUCGAUAAACAGAAUGUCCGGAAUGUCAGGCUUUUUACUGCGAAUAUUAUCUAUCGGACCGGACAAUACCUUCAUAAAUAAAAAUAACGACACGCAACUGGUUUGUCAAUAGCUAUGUUGAUGUGAUUAUAUUAUAAUCGUAAAUAACCCGACUAUAAUGGAUUACUUCCGUUGUAAAUAUAAUUAGCGACGCUGAGGUCAACGCUCCGAUAAAAGAUUUUACAACUACCUAAUAUAAAUUAAUUUAUUUUACUUAACUAUCAUUUCUUGGAAGAAACACCUGAACAAUUAAUGGAAACAAAAUACUUAAAUCACAUAAUAUUACUGGUGAACUCUGUUUUUAAACCCAUUUAAAAUUAAAUCAUUUCUCAAUGUCACUCGUCUUUCGAUAACACGAUAAAUCCAUGACAGUGACUUCAAAGAUAUUAUUUAUGAAUAAAUAAUAAUCAUGAUGCAGCCGUGUUUUAUAGUACACGUCACUUUAAUCUCUCUUGUUUCCAACAUAAAAGAUAAUUAUAAGUUGUGGAAAUACCUACGAUUUAUUGUCACGUGUUUAGGCAAAGAGUUCAGAAAGUUAUAUUCAUCUUAGAAACAAGCUGUAAUUUACAUUUGCAACAGUAGCAGGUUCUUUGAAUCUUACAAUGCCCAACACAUUAAAGAUUCCCGAAGUGGGUAGUAAUAAAGCCUAAUGAUAAGAUUAUUCAAAAGAGCGUAGUGUGACGUGACAAGGCUCAGAAUGGGGACACAGUGGGCUUUGUAGACGACGCGGUGCCUUGUCCGUACAUUCUCACUCAAUUUCGGCACAUUCGUAUGCAGUGCACUGAGCUACAGUAAAUUCCUACAACUAGUGUGUCGGUAAACCGUUUUACAUUAUGGAUAGACUUGGAUUAAAGUUGCUUGGCACAGGCCUAAGCUUGAGGUCGAUUGAUCAGCAUUCAGGAUGGAGACAAUGCUAGCUGCCGGCUUGAUGCUUUAAACCAUUUAUAUACAACUACCGUACUUUAAAGUUAGGACCCAAAAGUGGUUCUUUUAAGAAAUUUUAUUAAAACAUGUGCUGAGUUAAGAAGAUCAUACUUUAGUAGGUAUAAUUAAUUAGAACCCAAGACGAUAAAAACGAUAACGGUAGUUUUUUCAUCGCAAAGACAGGCCCACGACUAUCACAGCUAAAGUCAUUGUAACUGAGUCAUGGAAUGUCUUAUUGAAUUCUAUGUUUUUGUUGUCAACGACAGAAAUUAUGAAUUAAUAAUAAAGGCAAGUAAAUGUGAUGUUUAGUUAAAACAUUAGCCUUAUAUGCUUAAAUCCUAGAUGACUGUUCACAACUUGUCGCACGGAUUCUGUAAAAGUCUUUGUUCUUGACAAACGCUGUCAAAUUCUUAAUAUAACUUAGUGUUGUCUAAUUACAGAACUUAAUACAACUUACAUUUGUAUUAUUCACGACGAAUGCGACGUGAUAAUUUAUGUAAUACUAAAUAAAAAUACCCACAGAAUGUAUCUUCUUGAAAUGUUAUUGUAAUUAGACGAUACCCUUGCCGGCUCUUGCCUGUAAACAUUUGACCUCAAUAAAAUGUACUAUAAUUAAGUGUAACGGGACAUACGUCAAUAAUUCCGUCAUUACAGUAUAGCACAUGUUGGACACAAUAUUACGCAAGGUUACAUGAGUAAAGUAAUAAAUAUGGCACGCCCCUGAAUGUUAGCAUAUCAAUCGCUUAUUAUAUUUAAAUUCGAGUAUACCCUCAUUUGAUGUAGUAAUGACCCAAAGCUAAAUCAAAGCAAUAGACUACUACAUUUUAGAAUUGAAGAUUAGUACAGGAAGCGUGAAAAAUUACAUUAAACCAUAAAUAAUCGUAAUGGCGGAAUUUAAAAUCUUAGAAAAUAGUAUAAUGUAUGUAACUACUUGUGUAAACAGAGGCCGGAAAUUGGUCCAUGCCGUGAUAGCGUCUAUCGAAGAAUUGCACUUUCCUCAAACAACGAACUUACAGUUACGUCAGAGAUUAUGUUCUAUUGGCAGCUGUUUAUAGGUGCUGUAUGUUAUAUGCCAUUGUUUUAGCUGCGUGUUUAAAGGGUUUUGGACUUUAUCAAUUAAGAUUGACAAACGUUUAAAGUUCCGCCUUGUGGAAAUUAUAUUUUUUAUUUGCAUCGUGUUCAAUGAAUUCCGUGUAUAAUUUGUCAAUCGUAAUUGAUCUUCUCCACAACACUUUAAUUAAAAUAAGUGACUAAUUUUAAACAACUAUUGUAGGUAUUAGGUAGCUCCAGCUUCUAUUAAAAUCGGCUAAAAUAAAUAUAUUGAUAUUAUGGUUUGUUAAUGAAAUUAUGUAUUUUGUAUAUAAAUUAGAAUAAGAUUUUUAAUGUAUAAACUGUAGUGCGUAAUCGGUAAAUAUUAUUGUCUAGUAAUACUUGCCUUUAGAUUUACGUUAAGUUUUGACUGAUUUAUUUUAAUCUACAUUAUGUAUCAUGUAGGUAGUAAAAGUGCCUGAACUUUGUGAAGACUGGAAAACUUUGAAAUGGUGUUAUGGAAACAGUAAAUGAAUGGGAAAUAGUUAUAUUAAACGUUUUCCCCGAUUUCAAGUAUGGUACUCCAGGCACUUUCACUUGCUCUUCUAGUUUAAAGCUAUACAUAUUUUUUACACUAAACCUACGCAUUUUUUUACAGUCAAUGCAAUGUUUGAACAUUAUUUUAGGUACAACAAGUAUAGUCAAUGUUUAACAAUGGAUUUGUAGUUACUAAUUAAUUGACUGUCUUAUAAUACACGACGCGAUCGAUGAUGUUGCACUGUAAAAGACUAUUACUAAGUUUAUAACUAAUCCGUCUCAUGUAAAUAAAGUCAGCAAUUGUUUACCUCCGCCAUCUGUACACAUCAUUUGUUGUAUGAAUCCGUUUUAAAUCUACGAUCUAAUUAAUGUUUGUCAAAUAAAUGGAAUACAAAUGUU